CGCCCCGCGCUCUCCGCGCCCGCUCGCCCCGCGCGGAUCUACUCCCCGGGAAGGCGGCGCCGGUGGCGGCUGCUCUCGCUGCGCCCGCUCCUGAGCGCUGCUUUCCCGCCGCGGGUGGGCUUCGCAGCCCCUGGCCCGCUGCAGCCCCGGCCCUCCACCUUCCCUUUGCAGGGGAGGCCCGGCCAGUGUGACUCAUCCCGGGGCGCUACCCUCUCCCACCGGCGACUGCCCCGCGGAGCUGUCUCGGAAACCUAACUUUGCCACUUCGCGGGUCGUCACUGCUGGGCGCGAACCUGCCCACCCACCGGUUGGCUACGCGCUCGGGGACUGUUCUCGUGGCUCCCAAGCGGGUGCCCUCAUUCUGGAGAGCAGCGAGUAGGGGGCGGCUCUGGGGAAGUGGCAGGGGGCGGCUGCAGCUGCUGCUUCCACUUCCCUAGCCAGGUGCUGAAGAGGAUCCUCCGAGCCGCUCUGGCCCCCAGGCACUGGAUGACUGGCACCAGCGCGCCCCGCACCUGUGUUGGUGUGUGAGACGUGGGCCAGAGUGCCCACAUGGCCGUGGAGUCCGUGUGAUUCAUGAUUGAGGAAACGCGGCCUCCACCUUCUCUGUCCUUGGCACUUUCCACACAUGAGGGGAAGAAGAGCUUCUGUUUAGAAGAUACGAGCCCAGAGUCAGAGGCCCCUUGCCCACCAUGAAGGGAACCUGUGUUAUAGCAUGGCUGUUCUCAAGCCUGGGGCUGUGGAGACUCGCCCGCCCAGAGGCCCAGGGUACGACUCAGUGCCAGAGAGCUGAGCACCCAGUCAUCUCCUAUAAAGAAAUUGGCCCCUGGUUACGGGAGUUCAGAGCGAAGAAUGCUGUGGAUUUCUCGCAGUUAACAUUUGACCCAGGACAGAAAGAACUUGUUGUAGGAGCAAGAAACUACCUCUUCAGGUUACAACUUGAGGAUCUGUCUCUUAUCCAGGCUGUGGAAUGGGAGUGUGAUGAAGCUACCAAGAAGGCCUGUUACAGCAAAGGCAAAUCAAAGGAGGAAUGUCAGAACUACAUCCGGGUGCUUCUGGUGGGUGGCGACCGGUUAUUCACCUGUGGGACCAAUGCAUUCACACCUGUCUGCACCAACCGCUCGUUGAGCAACCUGACUGAGAUCCACGAUCAGAUCAGUGGCAUGGCCCGCUGUCCCUACAGUCCCCAGCACAAUUCCACAGCGCUCCUCACAGCUGGCGGGGAGCUCUAUGCUGCUACGGCCAUGGAUUUUCCAGGACGUGAUCCUGCCAUUUACCGAAGCCUGGGCAUUUUACCUCCUCUCCGCACGGCACAGUACAACUCCAAAUGGCUCAAUGAGCCAAACUUUGUGUCAUCUUAUGACAUCGGAAAUUUUACCUACUUCUUUUUCCGAGAAAAUGCAGUAGAGCAUGACUGUGGGAAAACAGUGUUCUCCAGAGCUGCCCGGGUGUGCAAGAAUGAUAUUGGUGGGCGCUUCCUGCUGGAAGACACCUGGACCACAUUCAUGAAGGCUCGCCUGAACUGCUCCCGUCCUGGGGAAGUCCCCUUUUACUACAACGAAUUGCAGAGUACUUUCUUCCUGCCUGAGCUGGAUUUGAUCUAUGGCAUCUUUACCACCAAUGUGAACAGCAUCGCGGCCUCAGCUGUGUGCAUCUUCAACCUGAGCGCCAUCGCACAGGCCUUCGCCGGGCCCUUCAAGUACCAAGAGAACUCACGCUCGGCCUGGCUACCGUAUCCGAACCCAAACCCCAACUUCCAGUGUGGCACCGUGGACCAGGGCCUGUACGUGAACCUGACCGAGAGAAAUCUGCAGGAUGCUCAGAAGUUCAUUCUGAUGCAUGAGGUGGUGCAGCCGGUGACCACAGUGCCCUCCUUCAUGGAGGACAAUAGCCGCUUUUCCCACGUGGCCGUCGACGUGGUGCAGGGCAGAGAAGCGCUCGUCCACAUCAUCUAUUUGGCCACAGAUUACGGAACCAUUAAGAAAGUGCGGGCGCCCCUGAAUCAGACCUCAAGCAGCUGUUUGCUGGAAGAGAUUGAGCUCUUCCCGGAGAGGCGGAGGGAGCCCAUCAGGAGCCUGCAGAUCCUGCACAGCCAGAGCGUCCUGUUCGUGGGCCUGCGGGAGCACGUGGUCAAGAUCCCCCUGAAGAGGUGCCAGUUCUACCGCACACGCAGCACCUGCAUUGGGGCCCAGGACCCUUACUGUGGCUGGGACGUGGUGAUGAAGAAAUGCACAAGCCUGGAGGAGAGCCUGAGCAUGACGCAGUGGGAACAGAGCAUCUCUGCGUGUCCGACCAGGAAUCUCACUGUGGAUGGACACUUUGGCAUGUGGUCUCCGUGGACACCCUGCACGCACACGGAUGGCAGUGCCGUGGGAUCCUGCCUCUGUCGAACCCGCUCCUGCGACAGCCCGGCCCCGCAGUGUGGUGGCUGGCAGUGUGAAGGCCCUAGCAUGGAGAUCGCCAACUGUUCCAGGAACGGAGGCUGGACUCCCUGGACAUCGUGGUCUCCCUGCAGCACUACCUGUGGGAUCGGCUUCCAGGUGCGGCAGCGCUCCUGCAGCAACCCCACUCCCAGGCACGGGGGCCGGGUGUGCGUGGGACAGAACCGCGAGGAAAGGUACUGCAAUGAACAUUUGCUGUGUCCCCCACACAUGUUCUGGACAGGCUGGGGUCCUUGGGAACGGUGCACAGCCCAGUGCGGGGGUGGCAUUCAAGCUCGCCGCAGGACCUGUGAGAAUGGGCCUGACUGCGCAGGCUGCAAUGUGGAGUACCAGCCUUGCAACACCAACCCGUGUCCUGAGCUGAAGAAGACCACACCCUGGACACCCUGGACGCCUGUCAACAUCUCUGACAACGGCGGCCACUACGAGCAGCGGUUCCGAUACACGUGCAAAGCCCGCCUGCCCGAUCCGAAUUUGCUGGAGGUGGGAAGACAGAGAAUCGAAAUGCGGUACUGUUCUAGCGACGGCACCAGUGGCUGCUCCACAGACGGGCUUUCAGGGGAUUUCCUGCGUGCUGGCAGAUACUCUGCCCACACGGUCAACGGGGCUUGGUCAGCCUGGACGUCGUGGUCACAGUGCAGCCGUGACUGCAGCAGGGGCAUUCGGAACCGGAAGCGUGUUUGCAACAACCCCGAACCCAAGUAUGGGGGAAUGCCUUGCCUCGGCCCAUCUCUAGAAUAUCAGGAAUGCAACAUUUUGCCCUGCCCAGUGGAUGGCGUGUGGUCUUGCUGGUCCCCCUGGACGAAAUGUUCAGCAACGUGCGGCGGUGGACACUAUAUGAGGACCCGCUCUUGCUCCAAUCCAGCCCCGGCCUAUGGAGGAGACAUCUGCCUGGGGCUGCACACGGAAGAGGCACUCUGCAACACGCAGCCCUGCCCAGAGAGCUGGUCAGAGUGGUCGGACUGGUCUGAGUGCGAAACUUCUGGUGUCCAAGUCCGUGCUCGUCAGUGCAUCCUCCUGUUCCCCGUGGGCAGCCAGUGCUCCGGGAACACCACGGAGAGCCGGCCGUGUGUGUUUGACUCUAAUUUCAUCCCAGAAGUAUCUGUGGCAAGAUCCAGUAGCGUAGAAGAGAAAAGGUGUGGAGAGUUCAACAUGUUCCACAUGAUCGCCGUGGGGCUGAGCAGCUCCAUCCUCGGCUGCCUCCUCACCCUGCUCGUCUACACCUACUGCCAGCGGUACCAGCAGCAAUCCCACGAUGCGACUGUCAUCCACCCCGUCUCACCUGCCCCCCUUAAUACCAGCAUCACCAACCACAUCAACAAACUGGACAAGUACGACUCGGUGGAGGCCAUCAAGGCAUUUAACAAAAACAACUUGAUCCUAGAGGAAAGAAACAAAUACUUCAACCCACAUCUCACUGGGAAGACCUAUUCUAACGCCUACUUUACAGAUCUCAAUAAUUAUGAUGAGUACUAACAGUUCUUAUGUUUUUGGCUUCUUGUAAAUCCCCAGUUCCUCAAGGCCUGUGCCCCAUGACUGCCCAUGUUUCUGAGGCUUCUGAGUUGAAGUUUGGAUCCAUUUCAAGUGCAUUUCAAGCCACUGGAGUGUCCCAUUGCUGCCAAAAAUACACAUUUUUAAAAGCAACAAAAAUUGAAAUAUGACAUCGUGAAAAUCUUGACCAUUGUUGAAUGAGUCAGGGUGUGAAGUUUUUAAUUGUGUUCUUCCUAUUUUUCUGACCAGUCCAUUGGUUUGUUUUUUUGAGCUUUAUUUUGUAAAUGUGCCACCCACAUUGGAAGGAGUCUUUAGAAAUAUAAAUGUCUUCUUGCUUUGGGGUGCAAAUCUUCAUGAUGUUUUAAUUCAAGAAAAUAGGCACUUUUUCUGAGAGACCUGCUCCCUCCACAAGAAGUGCUUAGGUCAAUAAUAUUUCAAAAAAUGAAGAAAAAGAAUGUGGCCAAACCAUUAUUCACCAUGGAUGGCCCAACUUCCCAAAUCUGGAUAAAGCUAUGGGAUUCUUGGAAGCAGCUCGUGUGUUUUCAUCUUGCCUGGGAAGCGCAGGAAUUCUACCUGGCCCACAUCUGCAGAGGUUGCAGUUGACUGUGAGGCACCUCACCUUGCUCCUGAUGCGGUUUCUGUGCCAUUGCUGGUGGAGGGAGCGGAGCAGAGGCGCAGGCACAAGGAAGCGUGGAUGUGUUCUGCAGGUUGCUGCAAAACUCGCCUUAUUCUGACUUUUGGAUUUCAUGGCAUUCUAGGAAGUUCCUUGCCAUGCAGUUGACCUGGAAGCCCACCUGUCUGGUCCAUAGUAAUGUCCUGAAGAGCCAGUCUGUAAAAUAACCAACCACUUACAUAGCUUUUGGAUAGACUCCACAUCUCCUCUCUCCCUGCAAAGAAGUCUUGAACAUUUAUGAUGUCAAUUAGUGAAAGUACUGAAAAUACUAAAUUAUAACUAAAAGCAACUUUUUUGUGUUAUAGAGAAUAUUGAAGGAACUGAUAUUAAUGAUAAUCAAUGUUUGAUUUUUCAUCUCUCUGAUAUAACCAAUGUGUGGGUAAUCAGCCCCUACCCAAGAGCAUUAAUGCCAUGUAAAGCUGGCUUUCUGGAGUCCGCCAAGUCCAUACGAAGUGGUACCCCCAGUUUCUGCUGUUACUUGCUGCCUCCAGGCCAGGGGAGCAGGAGAUGCUCAGCUCUGGUGCCUUUUCUUUUAUUUCAGUGCUGCCUUCCCACCCACCCAGUCCAUCCACCCUCGCCUCUCCCUGCAUGGAGGCAACAGCAUUUCAAGAUGCACCUUGGGAAGUCAGGAUAGCUGGAAGUAAGGGUUUUUGGGAUCCCUGUGGUCUCAUCAUUGAUCAUCGAUAAGCAUGUAAGAGUGUGAUAACACCAUUCACGGAGGUCACUGGAAAAAAAAUAUAUACGUUUCUCACAAACAACUGAUACAUAACAUAUGGCAGUUAGUUGAAUAAAUAUUGAAAAUAAUAACACGAUUGAAAAAGUUCAUCUGAUGCCUCUAACCAUGUGAUAAAGUCCUGGGUAGACAUGGAAAUGUGUUCUUACUGACAAAUGAACCUUCAGAUCUAUGAAAAAAUAUAUAGUAGGGGUACUAAGGAACACAGAAUUUUAUUAGCAUAUGUGCUUUUACCCUUACCCUAGUUUCCAAUUUCAAGAAACAAUUUCAGAAAGUGUUAGCAGAAUUCUAUGUUUAAUAAUGAAUAUUGUUGAGUUCAAAAUAUAAAUAUACUCAAAUUUACAGAAAUGACACGGUAUUGAAAUGGCAGGUGGGCUCUGUAAGUUCUUUUGGAUUGCAAGUAAAUGACAUUCAGGGUCUUUGCAGUGGAGACUUCAUGUUGCCUCUCACACAUUCCUCAUAUGUCAGAGUCUUCUGUCUAUAUGCACAUGAUCAAAGCCCAUACUCAGUAGGGGAAAUCUAGCCAGCUCGUUCUCUAAUUGUUCCUAGGUUGGAUUUUCAUCAGGUAUUUCAACUCAUCUCAUCACUUUCUUGUAAGAAAAAAAAAAUUAUCACUAUGUAGCACGUUUUAGUUCUUUUUUAGUCUUCUUCCCUAAUAUUUUGUAAGCUUAAAGGGACAUUUUAUUUUCCCUGGGAAAGAGAAUUCUAAUAUUUCAAGAAUGCUUCACUGGAAUUGAUGGGAAAUGGUUUCUAAAUGCCAUCGAAGCUGGUCUUCAGUGAAUAUUUUGCAGUGACUUGGGAAAACACCCUCCCUCACUACAGGAUCUUCAUGUUGUUAAUAAUAUAAACCUUUGAAAUUAGCAUUGCAAAAGAAUCCCAUUUUUGUUUCAUACCACACUGUUCAAAGGAACAUUGUUUCUCUCCCUUUCUUUCUCUCUUUUAUUUGACAGAAUAGCAAGUGUUUAGAUAAUUUCAGGUAUAUUCUAAGUAUUUUUACCAGCUGUGGAAUAAGUUGUAUUUCUCCAUCACUGUGUAGCUCCCGUUCACGUGUUCUGGCUCCGUACUCCACGCUUAAUGAGUGAACCCUUCCACGUUGGGCUUUCACAGUGCGAUCUCUCCCCUGUCUUGGAACCUCCUUCAUAAAGCCGCUCUUCCUUAGGACUGGGCUGUUUGGGAGUCCUGGUGAAACUUUGUGGUUCACAUUUUAAAUUCCUGAAUGACCUUUUCAUUCUCUUUUUUGUCCUUCAUUCACUCCUUUUGUUCUUCCUUCCUGCCUUCCUGCCUUCUUUUCUUCUUUCCUUUCUUCUUUAAUUCUUCCCUUUUUCUUUUUUUUUUUGGUACAAGUGGAACAAAAAGCAACAAAUAGUUUUAAGCUACACCUGUCUGCACCUGAUGUAAAAUGACAUUAAUCACCUUUUAACUUCUCAAGUUAUUUCUGAAUACAGUUGGAGAUUGGCUGGUUUUCAUGAGGAAGCUGGCUUUAGUCUUACAUUUAAAUUCUUUGAAAGUGACUCCCAGUGCUAUUCAGGGUCCUUUCUUGAGGCUAGACUCAUCACCAACUAAUAUUUAUUUUACAGUGUAGUGACAGUUUACAGGAAGGAGAACAGAAUUUCUGUACACUGCACAACAUGUGGGCUUCCUUUAGCUCCAGGGACAUGUGACUUUGGUGAAACUGGGGUUUUGUAACCUCUGAAUGAUAUGGACUUAGUGAAUUCUAAGGAACUCAUGGGGCACGUCGUCAGGCUCCACCGCACAGAAGAGCCACAGUCUUCAGACUCGUGGCAUGCCUUCCAGAACUCCCCAUUCCACUCCGAGCAUAUUUCUACGCUGCUGCUUCUUGUGACUUACAUGAGGCAUCUCAGCUUCCUCAUGUGUGUAGGGAUGUUUCCCUAAACCUGUUCAAGUAGACUCUCACUAGAGUUGGCAUUCAUAUUUGAGGGGAAAAAAGAGCAUUUAAAGUGUUUGUGUGGGGCUGAAGUUCUAAAAGAAUUGAAAAGAGAUGAUGAACACUGAAUGAAGGUGAGGGCAUCCCUGCCGGGGAGAAACCUCUGUCCCUAGGGAGAGUCCACUCAUGUUCAUAUGGUCUGGGAUGAACCAGGGGUCUGGCCCCAUUGGGUCACAGGUGAUGGCAAAUAGAAAAGAAGCAAAUGAAGGAAACAGUCGGAUAAGUAGGUGACAUGAAAGGCGGGACCUGGUUACCUCAGUGAGUGCUAUGGACAGUUCCCAGAAAUGGUGGCCCACUUCACAGGUCCAUGGGUCUGACCCUUGGAUUCUGCCAGGAUCAACUGCCCUGAGUGCCAGAGUUUUAGUCAAGGGCGUCCUUACUUCCUCAUUUAUCUACAAAAGGAUGGAAAUUGUGGGAGUCAAAGCCUAUUUUGCUGUGUGUUCCCACUGGAGUCUCUGGUAGAAUUAGUGAGUCAUGCUGUCAAAGUCAUGGACAAAGGCUGGGUGCCCUGGCUCAUGCCUAUAAUCCCAGCACUUUGGGAGAACACGGUGGGCGGAUCACCUGAGCUCAGGAGUUUGAGACUAGCCUGGGCAACAUGGUGAAACCCUGUCUCUACAAAAUAUGCAAAAAAUUAUCCAGCCAUUGUGCAUGCCUGUGGUCCCAGUUUCUUGGGAGGCUGAGGCAGGAGGAUCAUUUGAGCCCUGGAGGUUGAGGUUGCAGUAAGCUGAGAUCAUAUCACUGCACUCCAACCUGGGUGACAGACAGAGACCAUGUCUCCAAAAAAGAAAAGUCUCAGUGGCGUUCUCCAUGUCCCCAAGUGGCCCUCUAAGGGGAUCCAUUAGCAUAUAAUUGAAUAUCAAAGGGAAUUUCACCUUAAACAUAUAUCAAGUCUAUACUUAGCUAAUCGUUUUGUCUAAACACAGCUUUGUUGGCAUUUGAAUUUACAAAUAUUCAUUUGCUUAUUUGCAGUGUUCCUUUUGCUUUUAGAAGAAAUCAUAAAUAUUUCCCCAAUACUGUCAAGAUAUUUAUUCAUCAACUUUGUCCCUGGGCCAUCAGCUUUCUUUAGGCUCCGGGUGUCGUUUACAUUUCAGUGGGGUUUUCUUGUGUGUGGUGUUGGGGGUAACUCCACUGACCUCAGCAUUUCUAUCUCAAGAGGUGGCUCGGGAACACAGAACCAGAGGCAACAGGCACCAAUAGUUGAUAAAAUAAACUGCAACUGCCUGACCAUUUUCCACAUGGCAGGGCUGUGCUUAAGCCCCACACCUCCAAUAAUCAAUGUCUAUGAAGGUAUUAAUAACCUUAACUGUAUGCAAAUUCUUCACCACUUACGAUAUGGUACAAACUGGAGUUUACAGAUGGCCUCGGCCAUGCCUAGCCCAUUCGUUCCUCCUAACUUCUUCAUCACUUCCCGGUGUACUUGGGGAAGCAUGUUGACACAACGUUGCCAAUGUUUACCUGUGGUUAUCUGUAAUUACCUAUGCUUAUCUUGUCAUACACUAGAUGCCACCUGAGCCCCUUACUUCUUUGGGGCAGUGGGUGAAAUGGGAGAACAUAGAAAAAUGUUCACUUUGACCUAAGAAAUGCACAAAAGGGAAUGCCAUGCACGAUGUAAGAUAAAAUAUUUGGAGACAGGGGAUCAUCGUGAAAUUUAUUUCUGCUAUUCUCCCCUAUUGAGGUCAUUAAUUAUAAUUGAUUUAAAUUUUUUUUUUAACUCUACAAAUACUGAGCCAAGGAAUUCAGGUUAUGUGCUUUGUUAACCUAAUAAAGCAAAGGAAAAUAUGUUGCUUUAAUCCUUGCUGUUAACCUAAUAAAGCAAAGGAAAAUAUGUUGCUUUAAUCCUUGCUGCUUUUCUCGUUUGGUAAUAGAAAAGGUAAACAAGAUGUAAUGUUGAACUGCUGGUGAUGAUUUCUAAAGUGACUUUCAUACUGCUUUCCUGCGGACUUAUAUUAAAGAUGCAUUGUACACAUUGUUUUGGCAGAUAGAUCAGAGAUAUAUUCAGUGGUCAUCUGUUGCUUUUUCAGAAAUGUGGUACAUGUUAUAGAAGCGUGAGGAAGAGAAUCCUAUCCUCUUUUGAAAAUAGAGUUCACAUUGCAAGUGACAUAGAGCAUUCUCAAAACCAAAUUCAGAGCCUGGCACAAAAUGUAUACUUCCUAGUGAAAGCUGUCUCAAAACACAGUCUUUCUGAUAGAUCAUAUUAGAUCAUAUCUGCCAUAGAAAGGCUUACUCCCUGCAAUCGGAGUCAAUAUCAAUUCUUGCUCAAGCAAACAUGUUUUACUGUGUUGUUGCAAUGGCAGGAACUAGUCAAGGGUACUUUCAGACCUGGAAGAAGGAAAGAGGAGGUAGAAAAUCACUCUUUUGUGCUUCUUAAACUGUCAGUCAGUCAAGAAAAUUUAUUCCACCCCUUCAUAUUUGCUCUAAAAUCUGGGGCCAGUAGUUCAAAUGUGAUCCUGUUCUUUCUCAGCCUUUUGCAAUUUAAUGCCAAAUGGUCCAAAUGUUAGAUGAAUGGCGGUAAUAAAAUGAUUCAAAUGUUAGAUAAAUACAAGCUGAGAGCAAAAUCUGGAUUCUGAGAAAUCAGAACUAUUCUAUCAUGUUGCUAAAAUAAGAGCAUCAUUUUCUCUCCUCUCUGUUAGUGCGGAUAAUUUAAUUUCCUAGAAAAAGUUGCUAGUGCCUUGUUUAAGAUGAUCAUUUAUCAUUUCAUGUGGAUACUAUUGGUCCAAUUAGAAUUAGAAGAUUGAUUGGAUUUACUUUAAAGAAAAUUGUUCUCCUAUGCCUCUUUGAACUCAGGAAUAGAAAAUGAUCGAGAAGCACAUCAUCUUCAGAUGUGAUUUUUGCCCUCAUUGGGGAUGUAGAACCAGAAUAAGUACAAUAUAUGUUCAGAAGAGAGGUGACCUCAGUUUUAGCCUUCUAGAAACUAACAUCACUUUAAUUUUUACUUGUUCCAAAAAAACAUGAUAGUGUUUGUUCUGUAAUAAGAAUGUCAACAUGAUGCCUGUAGGAGGUAGAGGUUUUGGUUUCUGUUUCUCUUCAGGCAAGUCCGUGGAUAGAGGAAAAUCAGACGCAGGCUGGUGACAACUGGCAUAGAUACGGUGAGCACGGAAUGAGAACCACCUACAACACUGCCUGAUUAUUUUUAAGUUCAUAUCAAACUGCUUCACAAGUUCACAAACGUUGUCACUCUUAAUUUGGGUUAAGAAAAGUAUUAGUAUUAUCUCUGCCGAAGUUGAUUGCUUUUCUCUCUUACCGUGACUGUUGGCCAAAAGCAAGCUGAACUUCUGCACUUUGAAACAAAGCACAGUAUGAAUCUUUAACCUAAGCACCUAGUUUCACCACUGAGAUUCUACAUCAUCUGCAAGAAAAUGCACAAACUUGGUCCAAUGUUGGAUUCUUCAAAAGUGCAUAGCAAAACUUUUGUGCUAUGCAGCUUGAUGUGACUUUUAAAGAUGUUAUCAAAUGUUAAAUGCCUCAUUCUGUGUUAAUUUGCUGUUGGCUGUUUUGUGACACAAAAUAAACUUAUUUGAGAUUGUUUCUUUUUUUUUUCUUUUUUUUUUUGUAAACCUUCUCCAAAGCCAAUUUCAGCCCUUGGUACUCUUGCAGACAAGCUGCAGACAAGUUACUGAUCUUAAAUUUAAUUUUGAAAGACAAUAUAUCUUAAUUACAAUUUAGCUUUUUAAAACAAUGAGAUAGCUUUGCAUUUCCCCUUUGUUUGAAUGAGAAAAUGGAUCUUGGGUUGCUCUGCUAGAACGCUUCUGGAUUGCUGGGUCCUUCCUAAUGGGGCCAUGGGCGCACCACACUUUCUUUCACUCCUUACAUUUGAAUGAUUGAUAGUCUUCAAAACCUUCUUGUUAGAUGUACGCAAUAGAAAUUUCUAAUGGUCAUGACUUCUAUCUUUCCUGUCCAUCAAUUCACUGGUUUUCAAUGCUUCCUGAGAGCUGUCUAGGUCUGUAUCCCAGAUCGUUGCUUAAUGACACCUGACAGAUACAGUGUUUUCUGAAAUCAGCUUAAGAUACCAAUUGUGGCAACUGGAAGCUCAUCACCUGCUACAUUGGAUCAACUAUGGAAGUCGGAGUAGGGGUGGGUGGAGGUCACCUAACCAACCAGUGUAAGUCAACUCACAUCUGCUCCAAGCCUCAACUUUGAGGAACAAACACGUUUAUAAGAAAGAAAAACGUAGCUAUUAUUACAGGAGUGAAUAUGUUGUGCUCUCUUACUGCUCUUGGUGUAUUGCCAGUUUCUGUAUCUCAACCCUAUUCAUCAUCUUUAUGAAAAAGCAUUCUGAAGAUCUAUCCUCAGCACUGCUGAGUGCGCAGUCACCCUUUCCUAGCAACCCCCUUCUUACCAUCUCUAGCUGCCGUUUGUGUGGGGAAUAAAACGAGGGAAUCCUGAUUAUGUACAUUAUAAAUUGUAUUAUAUUUUUUGUACUUAUGUUUUAUGUACAUAGUUUGUCUCAUUCAAUUGUAUGUGAGAACUGAAAUAAAUCCUACCAUUGAGGAGACAA